UCAACCUCAAACGAUGAUAACUCAUCUCCUUUACCAGAGGUCGUGAACAGGUAACUGACGCUUCACAGAGCUGGAUUUAAUGGAAGUCUGCUGGAAAAGGCUCGUUGAUCCUUACCUGGAGGAUAUAUUUUAACUUUCGACCCACUGGAAGAUACAGUGUUUGAUCUAAGUCAUACGUGAUACAGAUUACCUUAUGGUUUGAAGGAAGAAAAAAAAAGAGAGAAGAGGAGGUACACAUAUUAGAUAAAGAAGACAUUCUUUUGAUGUCAUCUGUAUUGUUUGUGAAAAUAAAAGUGAAUACUGUAUUUGGUAGUGAGUGAGGAAGAGAUUUGUUUUGAGUAUUUAAAACGACGAAGGAAAGGAACAUGGAUUUGAGAUCUUCUGUUUUCCUUCAUUGUCUUCAAUCUUUUUUAUGGAUAAAUGGAAACUUUGGCACCUGAAAAGUAAUGUUUUAGUUAGUUUUAGUUAUGUAGUUUAGUAAUGAUGUAGUUCAGUGAUAGUUCACCCACUCAACAUCACAGGAAAACCACUAUGAAUCUGACCCCACCUCAGCCACCAACCCUGCUCUACGACCUUCCCAGGGCAUUGGACCUUCAGCGUGAACCUCAAAACAAGAGCAGGUUGGCUCCAGCCAGCUUCUUCAACAGCACCUUCUUCUUCCAGGAUAAUGCAGCUUUAGAAUGGCAGUUGUUUCUCACCAUCCAAGAGCCUGGCACCAUUAUCUUGACUGUCCUGUACUCUAUUUCCUUCCUAGUGGGCUUUUUUGGCAAUGUCAUGUCCCUCAGAGUCCUACUGGGCCAGCACGGAAGCAUGCGACUGUCUGGUGCUAGCGCCACACGUUGCCUGCUGAUAAACUUAGCGGUGUGCGACCUGGCAGUGGUUUGCGUGUGCAUGCCUGUCACCCUGGGCCACCGCAUUUAUACGCCAUGGGUGUACGGCAACUUUUUGUGCCGGGCGGUGCCCUUCACGCAAGCAGUGUCUGUUUCCGCCAGUGUCCUGAGCAUCACGGUCAUCAGCAUCAGUCGGUACUAUGCAGUUCACUCGCCACUACUGUCCCGAGCCUACUUCACUCGUCGACGCAUCCUCGCCUCUGUCACAAUCGUGUGGCUCGUCUCCUCAGUGAUCUGCAUGCCAGUUGCAAUAGUUACUAGGCGUGAUGAAGUAGCUUUGAUCGAAGGGCUAGCCAUCAUGUUGCCCGUCUGUGGAGAGGUAUGGCCUCAGCCGCGCUUGCGACAGGCGUACAAUGUCCUGCUGUUCAGCGCCCUCUACUGUCUACCUGUCGGGUUUAAUCUCACUUUAGCCUUCCUCACAUGUCGUCGGCUGCGUAGCACUGGUUCUGAGAGUCGGUUCACUGAGUUAGACCCCCGUUCCCAGGCACUUCAUGAAACAAGGCUGCAGGGACGCAGGCAGAUCGCACGUAUGGUGGCAGCUUUGGUGCUGCUGUUCGCUCUGUCAUGGUUGCCAAUGUAUGUGACUGAUAUUUGGCUGGACCGUGAGUUGCGCCAUCCACCAGAUUGGCUCCUUCAGACCAGACCCUUUGCACAAUGGUUGGGCCUCACCAACUCUUCUCUCAACCCUUUUUGCUACUGCUUCAUUGGUGACCUCCACCGCUCAGCCAAGGCUUUGCGUUUGCGCCUCUGUGGCCCGUCCCCGGCCUCGGCGCUGGCUCUGGCUUCUCUCCCAAAAAUAUUCAACCUGCAGAAUCAAGAUAAGUCUCAAGCAGGUGACGCCAAUGACUCAACCAACUCUUGCAAGGGGGACAUUGGGAACCUUAAUAUGUCGAUGUGGUGGACUCAAUCUCGCACAUGUGAGUCAAUGAGCUUGCCGUACCACUUAAGAAUGACUGAGACAAUUACACUGGAUACAUAGCAGAUCUGAUGCACUGCCAUGGACAUUUCUUCUAGAAAACUGGAUUUUUAGUAAUAAUUUACUUACUCUUAUGUCGAACCUGCAUAACAUAUUUUCAUCUGUGAGACACAAAGGAUGACAUUUUGUUCAUAUAAUGAAAGUCAGUGGGGUCCAAACAACAUUUGACUUACAACGAUUGAAUAGACAAAAAAACUAUUAAGACCUUUUCAGAAUAUCUUUUUUGUGUCCCAUAAAGAAAAAUCAUACAGGUUUGGAAAGUCACGAGUGUGAGUAAAUGAUGAUUGAAUUUUCAUUUUUGAAUGAUCUAUCUCUUCAUGUUUUGAAAAAUAACUUUAUAGGGGUCAUAUGACGUUAUUUCAUGUUAUUUCAAGAGAUAAGGUCCGUAAAGUCGCAAAGAUAUCAAACCCAAAGAGAUAUUAUUUCUAAAAGACUCAACCAUGCCGAGGCUGUGUUGGAAGAUUUGCACCACCGAAAUGUAACACCACCGAAAUGUAUACGCAAAGAAAGAAGGUUCUUUUAUUAACAUUUAUUCUAAAUAAAAUUUAACUUUUAUUCUUGCUGUUGUAUUGUUGUUGCUGCCAUGUCAUGGAGACACUGUGUAUUUCCAAAUAUGGUAAUGGGCGUAACAUUUCCAUCACAUGCUUGACCACAACACACUGGAUAGCUGGCCAAUCAGCACACUGCGCAGUUCCAAAUUAUGAGAUUUGUAAAAAUCAACACGUUUCAGAAAGGCAGGGCAUUGAGGAGCAACAAUAAUGUACAGUAUGUUUCAAAUUAUGUAUUUUCUAUUAUCUUUAACUGCAUAAACAUUUAAUAAGACCAAAUACACAAAAUAAUGUGUUUUUUCCAUUGUCACAAGACCCCUAUAAAGGACUGAGGAUGUGUGAGGAUUGAGUUUCUUCUUAACUCUGUACUUUUGUUGAAAUUGUUUAAUGGCAAAGUGAUUAAACGUUUCAUAUUGCAGGUGGAGUAGAUGUAACUGUUUAGAUCUGCUGUAAAUGUGCUAAUAAUAUGUAAUAAAUAUCUUGCCACUGGAACUUAUUAGGGUCCUUCAUAGCAAUCUAUAUUGUUAAGGGAUAUAAAGUGGUUCAAUGCAGAAUGUGUACAGUCGUGUUGCUGAGUUUUGCCUAGAGCAGUGUCUUAAGAUAAACCAAGUUUAACAUCAUUAAAUGCUGCUUCUAUGUCUGGCAGAGUGGUUUAAUUAAAAUGUUCAUUUGAGUGAAACCCAGACACAUAUACGCACUCACACCUAUUGUCCUUGGUGAAGAAACACUUGGAAAUGUAUUUCUUCGCACCUCUUCUUCUAAAUGUGGAAACCAUCUGCAUCUCAAGUCAUCACCCUCUUCUAAGUGUUAUCUUACUGAAGUCAGACCAGAAACUCUAAAUGACACUACCAUUCAAAAGUUUGAGGUCAGAUUUUUUCAAGAAGUUGAUCAUUUUAUUCAGCAAGGAUGCAUUAAAUCGAUCGAAUGUGACAAAGUAAUGAUUCAGAAAAUGUAGCUUUACAAUUACAGCAAUUAAUACAUUUUAAAAUAUAUUUAAAUGGAAAUCAGUUAUUUUAAAUUGCAGUAAUAUUUUACAAUAUUACAGUUUUAACUGUGUUUUUUUAUUUCAAGGUCACAAUUUUAUUAUUUUUUUUGGUUUGGAUAAUAUUUUUGGUAUAAUUUUAAAACAAAUCUGAGACUCUAGCUUUUUUCCUGCACUACGCUGUAUUAUGCGUCACAAUGUCCUAAAAAAAUGGAUUUGCUCUUUAAUAUUCCGUGAGGAGAAAUGCCCUCUGGUGAAAACAUUCUAUUUUUUAUUGACUUGGAAAUGUUAUGGCAGCAGUUGCAUAAGGGGCUACAGUAACUAAAAAAAAAAAGACAGGUAUGACGGAGGCAGACAUAUUUUUGAAAUAAAAAAUAGACUGAGAUGUAAAAAUUUAAUUGUUUUAAAUGUUUCAGUCAUUAGCUGACAAAAUUAAAUGUU